CCCCAAUUAGACGGCGAGGACAGCCGGCCGAAGAGGAGGAAUCCAAGACCGUAUCAGUGAAAAACCACCUCCAUCGCCAGUCCGCCUCGGCACUUCCUCUCUUUCCUUCCACUCCUCCCUCCAGUGCCCAGUCCUCGCUACUCGCCUGACACAGCCACGCGCUGGGGAGGCCGCACGAGCGCAAGGGUUUCUCCUCGGCCGCGGGCUCGGGAUCUCGCGCCUCCCCAAUGCAGCCGUGCCGCUGAUCCCGGGGACCUCCCAACGCCGCCGCCGCCGCCGCCUCCGUAGCAGGCAGCCGCCAUGGCGCGGCGCCACGGGUGGCAGCUCCCCGCCCACACCCUGCAGGUGGUAGCUAUUACAGUGUUCUUCUUGCUUUGUAUAGCGUUCUAUGCUUUCUUCUCACCGUUUAUUGGGAAGGCCUUGUACCAAUAUAUUGCUGUGGGUGUUUAUAGUUUUCUGGCUUUAUCAGUGCUGAUUCUAUAUGUUAGAUGUACUGCGAUUGAUCCUGCUGAUCCUGGCAUCCUGAUUUCCGUGGAUGGUGCACUAAUAUAUAAAUCAGAAGACACUCAAGAUGAAGCUGGAAAAUCAGGAUUGAGAAAUGGCGAGGAUAUCCAAAAGCAUAAACCAUGCUUAGGAGGGGUUUGUUUUUGUUGUGCUAUUUUUACAAUAGAGGACUGUCGGAAAGUGGAUGAAGCUAACCAGCAAGAGGACUAUGGUGAAGAGGCACUCUUUUGCACCCUUUGCAACGCGGAGGUGCGCAAACAUAGUAAACACUGUCGAAGUUGUGACAAGUGCGUUGAUGGGUUUGAUCAUCACUGCCGGUGGCUGAACAACUGUGUCGGAAGAAAAAACUAUAUCACAUUUUUGUGCCUGAUGGCUGUGAGUCUUGCUUGGCUUGCCGUUGAGUGUGGAGUGGGUAUUGCUGUUUUCGUUCGUUGCUUCACUGAUAAAACAGCCAUAGAAGAUCAGAUUGGGGAAAAGCUGGGCUAUGGCCUUUCACGAGCACCCUUUGCAGUCAUUGUGGCCCUGGGUACAGCUCUUUCAAUACUUGCUUCAGUACCGCUAGGAGAGCUGUUUUUCUUCCAUAUGAUACUAAUCCGGAAGGGCAUCACAACUUAUGAGUAUGUUGUGGCAAUGAGAGCUCAGAGCGAACCUCCUGGACCCUCUGUCAAUGAUGACCAGCAAAGCUUGCCAUCUUCUCCAAUGAGUUCUGCACCAACUGCUUUUAGUGGGAGCUCAUUCGCACGUCACUACAAAGGCGCAUGGUGCACUCCCCCACGCAUCUUCAUCGACCAGGAUGAAAUCAUCCCACACCUGGAACCUGGACGAGUUCCUUCAACUGUUGAUCCUGAUACCACAGACCCAACUGAAAGAGCCAAAAACCAUCCUAAACGCCCAGUCCGCAUUAGUGCGUGGAAGCUUGCGAAGCUGGAUUCAAAUGAGGCCAUGAAAGCGGCAGCAAAAGCCAGAGCCUCUUCAUCCGUGCUGAAACCGAUCAAUACUCGUGCACAAUAUGAGGCAGACCGGUGCUCCAGUGAUAACCACAGCAGCAGAAGCAGUGUCAUAAGUGCUGAUACUGGACACCACAUAUAUGCUCGCUCUGGUGGGAAUUCGCAGUACAAGUCCUCUUAUCCACCCAGCAGAGCAAGUGCAGAUGACAUUGAGCUGUACCCCCAGACACCAAGCAGCUUCCAGAGCAACUCGUGGACUCCACCUAUAGCCGAGCACCAUCCCGCAAAGCAUUUCAACCCAAUCUAUCAGACAUCAGCAAACAGGUCGCCAUUCUCUGCAAAAGCAAGUGGGGUCAAUGAAUCGUUCGUCACAGAAGCCCACAAUACAAGGAGGUUUGACGUGCCACCAAACACAGAGAGAUCUUCUCGAUCAUCUGUUUACUGGGAUCAGGAAGCUGGCAGGUUCGUGUCUGCACAGGCAAACCAGGGGUUCAGCUCUCACUUAGGCCGUCCGGACCUUCUAUACACUGGGCAGUCUAUAUUCUUCGGUGGACCUCUGAUGGCAGAUCCUGCAGCAAGAAGUUUCAGAGAUCCUGGCGGUUCAAGCCAACGGUCUGGCGGACCUCGGCCACACCAGUUCCCUGUGUUCGUUCCCAGUGACCCCCAGAAAGAUCAGCUCUCUAGGUUACCGUGAAAUAAAUUGCAUUUUCGGAGUAGUCUUCUGAAACGCAUGUUUCUCUGUUUGGCUAUUUAAUGUAUAGUUGUUAGCUUUGACAUCUGACAGAUUGUAGGUCAUGAUUUUAAAAUCCCGUAGUUACAAAUUGAGAUCAAUUUAGGCACACUGGCAACCUUAACACAGAAAUCAUUCAAGUCUCUUUUGCUUGGAAUGGGUGAAGAAGAAAGUGUUGCCACAUUACAGGAUUAGCAUGCUUGAGGAGUUGGAUAACAUUGUUAGCUUCACCUGGCUGGCCUCAAAAUAAGACGAUAACUUCAACUGUCAGAGCACUUGCACGCAAAUCUGGUUCAUUUUCCCUAUCCGAUUUCCUGGUGGAUUAUCUAUUCGAUGUGUGGAUAAUCCUUUGCUAUAUGUCAACUGUACAAGCUAUCUCAGAUCCACAUGAGGGCGUUGUGCACUUGCCUACUGGACUGUCCGCGGGUUCACCUGGGUGGCUGCUAUCAUAUUUUACGCCCACUUUUGUACUACUUUCUGAGGGAACUCAUGCAAUCCAUGAGGAAUAAUCGAGUGGGUGGUGGUGACUCCGCGAUAUUGGGCCCCGUCAACACAAGCCACUCUCGGAUAAAAAGUGCCGGUACUUGUCAUCU